UAAAGGUGUGUUAAGCAUCGAAGGACACGUUACAGAACCAUUCCAAAUUGACUGGGAAGUCGUUCAUCAACCAGAUGACCUUCCAUCCAAAAAUGAUUGUUGCCAGGAAGACGCUUGCCGAAAACCUGAAGAACAAGAUGGCUCAACUGCCUAGGUCUUGCUUCAAGAGCAUCAUCAAGGAAAAGCGUGGGCAAAAUUCCAGUGGCAAUAACAGACAAUAUUAGGCAGGCUGAUGAGAUAAUCACCAUAAUUAUGUUUCCUUGUCUAUGUUAUGAUAAGCACUUACAUUUUGACAAAUAAAAGGCAAGAAUCCGAAACAUAGGAAGUGAUCCAACACUUACAGAAACAGAAAAGGACAUCACGAAUCACAUGAGUGGAGCAAAAUACAAACGUUUGCAGAAAAUCAAGCAGAAAGCUUACAAAGAUAAACAGGAUAACAGGAGAAUUUAGAUGCAUUCGUUUCUUUCAUCCUACAGUGGUACGUACUCUAAGCAGUCUCACAUCUUUGCUUGACAAAGAACUAAUUGUGAAACUGUACCUAAACAGAACUUUGCUUUGUAGACCUCAAAACAAUUUUAAAAGCAUAUACAUUGGAGUUGAUUUUCUUCAACACUGUCUCUUGAGACUUCUAGCAUUGUUUUGCGGUAGAUUCAGUCUCGACAAAAGUUUCAUAUCCGGAAAGUAAAAUAAGAACACAAAGUAGUAGUAGUAGUACAUUUUUAUCUUACAUCACAACCAAAGCAGGCUGCUGUCCCUGCGCUGACCAACUGUAAUAAAGAAAAGACAUUAAAAACAUUGGCUAACUAUAUAGUAUGAUACAAAACAUUCAGCUACAGCAGAGCCACAGGUAUACAAAUGAUACAAAGGUAACGAAAGUGUAUAAGUAUACAUAGAACAAAUAAAAUAAUACGUAGAACUGAAUUGUGUUCAUAACGUUAAGAAAAUGAAUACGAAAGACCAAACCUGAUAAUUUUAAUCAUUUGAGGUAACAACGCUGUACAUAUAGGAUAUAUAGUACUGAAUGUAAAAUUCUCUGUGUAAAAUAAAGCAAGCUUAAACUCAUUGUAUUAUCACGAUAUAUGCAGAUUUUACAUAUCCAUAAACUGUUGAAGAAUAGUAGUUUCACAACAUUCAGCCAUACGUGUGCUGCCAACAGAUAUCCCUUCAGACCGUUUACACAGAUUGUGCCCUCACCGAAAGGAAACAGUAAAGAAAACUGAAAUGUCUUCACCUGAUGAUGGAAAUCCUGAAAAAGUUGUCGGUUUACCACAUGAGAAAAAGCCCAUUAACACACCCCCACAUGUUUUGUCGUGGGUGGAUGCUGCUAAUCCCAGCAGUUCCAGCGACAGCAACAGCAACAUCAGUAGUAAUAGCCUAGAAAACAGAGAUCUUCAAAUAGAUGCACAGCCAUCAGAAUUCGAUAGUGAAUCUGAUCGGUUUUCCACAUCGAGUUGUUCGUCUAAGGCUUCUGAUUCUUGGUCACAAUCUACUGGAUUUGAAAGCCUCAAAUCGCAUAACCAAAAAUUGGAUGCAGUUAUAUAUCAUGCAGAGGAAGAUCUUGGUACAGCUUCGGAGAUGUUAAAAAUGAUCAAAAGUAUACUGAAGAAGAACAAGAAAUUCCUGAGUAUCGAUAUAUGGGGAAAUUUUUCAAAUUCGACCUACUGUGGUGAUCUUGAAAAUCUGUGUUCAAAAUCCCGCCGGAUUGUACUUUUUGUGACAAAAUCGUUUGAACAAAAUACAAAGACAGUAAAUGGCAUUGAAUAUCUCUAUAUGAAUUGUAAAGAUCUUGAUUUAAAAUUAACUUGUAUUAAGUGUGGAUAUGGCGCAGAGGACAAGCCGAGCUUAAAGAUUUGGCAGAACUUGCCUGAUUUUAUUGCGUAUGAAAAUAGCGAAUGUUUCAAACAAGCCAUUCGAGGGAUUUUUGGAAUUUCGCAGCAAAGAUGUAGCACAGAUCGCAAAAAAUCUAACGCUCGUGCUUCCCAGAAAGGAACAAAAGAGUUACCCAGACAGCCUCCUGGAAGUCUUACUGCAAAGAAAGACACUACCUUUCAAACGUCACUCGGCAGCAAUGGGAAUGAAUACAACCCUCCGAACUGUGAAGAAGAGCCUAACUCAGCGCUCCUGACCGCUGACAGUAACCGCUCUGCUUCAGAGUCUGCACCCACUGCCUCCUUACCUUGUGUAAGUGAAAGAGAUUUUCCAAAGAGCGGUGACUCUUCCUCGUGUAUCUCGGUGGCUCACUCUCAAAAGGACGACUAUGUCACUGAAAGAGAUCAAGCUGAUUUCAAGACAAAUAAAGUCAAUGAAAAGAAAACUGAAAACGAGUCGAAGACAGCAAUAAAGUCACAAGAAACUGGAGAGGCCUUAGAGAAAGCGUCAUCAAAAAAUUACUCUUAUUUGAAAAUCCCAGCAUCGGAAUGUGAAGACGAAUUGUCCUCUGAUGUGGUCCCUGACAGCAGCACUGAACCACAUUCUUUACUUGUUAACACCCAAUAUUCGUCUUCUUCUAGUAACGCCCAUCAAGACCCUUUUGGGACAAGUGAAAACAAUGUGUCAUUGGAUGCGGUCGUAGACAGCAGUAAUGACCAGCUAUCUCCGCCACUUGACUCCUAUCCCUCUGCUACUUCUCGGCCUGCCCAACCAGACUUUGCUGGGGCCAGCGAAAAUUCCUCGCCGCUUGAAGGGGUCAUUGAUAGCGAGAAUUACCAGCUUCCUCUGCCGCUAGACAACCAGCCCUUAGAUUCAACUGGAAGUGUAUACUUUGUACAGGCAAUGCAUACAGACCAACGUGUACAUUUAAUGGGACAUGAGUAUCUUUGGCCUAAAGAAUCUCUUGCCAUUGCUUCUAAAUUACAUGUUGCGACGCCUGGUGAGAAGCCCUCAAGUCUGUCUCAGACCAACCAAUCUGCUGGAGCAGCUUCCAGAAAAUUAGCAGUUGGUCAUUCCACUGAGAAACAUAGUGGCUUAAAUUUACUACCACUAACAUUUCCGCCGAAUAGAUGUAAUAUUCGGGAAACAAUGCUGUCUAAGACUGAAAUGUUAAUUUCUCCUUCGGAUCAUAACCUAACCACUUCUUCUGAUUUCAACUCGAAGUCUUUCUUUUCAGAGUCAGACCACUAUGAGGAGAGGGAUUUUCAGUCUUCCAUUAGUGACAUCGUGGACGAAAAGAUUUUUGAUGCAAAAGAGUUUGAUAAUAAAGAAAAAGAUGACGACGAAGUAUAAAUCUUUAUCUUUUAAAUUAACUGGCUUGUUGGCCAACAUUACAGAUACUGUUGAGUUAAUUUAAUCAUCACAUUGUAGCAUCCUUGUCGUAAUGUUGGGGAGGGUUAGUGAUUGUUGUAUUUUUCUAGUGUAUCCUCAGCAAAAAUUAAUAGUGAUAGUAUUUCCACUUUCGAGAAUUCACACCCAUACAAUUUUAUUUUAAAUGACUUUUGUACUUCUCAUGAGCACUGUUCUCAGAAGUCUGGCAAAAUUUACAACCAGUAAUACCACCAGCUUGGUGAAAGAAUAACAGUAGCACAUUUCCACAUUCAAACCUUUUCUGAAAUAUGCUGUUCCUUAUACAAGAACUGUUUGUGAGCUAUACAAUGCAUUGUCUAGCUGGCGACAGUUCACAAGUUCAGAAUUUAGACUUUUCAGUCCUCCAAGUCAUUCAGCAUAGAGCCUUUUUUCUUUGGUUCUAGUGAAGACCCCCAAGACCCAGACUUUCAGCGCCUUCUAUAAAGGAUUCUUGCACCUCGAGGACAGGAACUCAAAAUGUACUGAACCUGUUCGUUUGCUCAGAGACUAGCGAAAGAUACACGUGAGCUCAAUGCAGCUUAUUUCAUUGGUAUAAUUAUGUUAAAAUAUUAAAUGUAUGCAAUUUUUAACAUGUUAAUAAUGAUGAACACGUUUUGACAAAUAUUUAUGCUAGAUACAAGAUACAAGGGAAGGGAGAUGGGUUGUGUGCGCUGCUAUAGUCCACCGAUGAUUGUGCGUCAUGAUACAUGAUACUGUGUUGAGCUUUCAUGAAUACAUGGUGUAAAUAAUAAAUUAUGUAGAUGGGUUUAAAUGAUACAUAGCUUAUAUAAUUAUCCUUAAUAUUAUAGUGCCAUUAAUAGCUAAUAUAUGCGUAUAUGUGUGGUCAUGUAUGUAUGUUUAUUGUGAUUGAAGAUAGUUUAUAUUUUAUGGAGUAUAUAUGUAAAUAAAUACAUGCUAUACAGAGUAAAUAUACCCAAAUUCAAAAACCAUUUCUUUAUAAGUUUGUUGUACAUUUAUUAUCAAACUGCACUUUUAAAAGUUAGCCCGAGUUUUCAACGAAAUUAAGCUGAAAGUUACCAGCAAGCUAACACAACAGAGAUUGAUCUUUUAUUCGGCGCGACUCAGAAAUGAGCGAUAACUGAGAAAGUCGACAAGAUCUGGCGACCAUUCCUAUGACCUAUGACCUAUGGCCUAUAUGUCACUCGGGAUGAUUGAUGGACGGUUGGAUGGAUGAUUGACAGAUGACGAUUGAUGGAUUGAUUGACGACGGUGAUGAAGAAAACCAUUUAUCUGUUAUUAGAUUAGGACAAAAAGUGAGAUUAAAAUUUUUUUAGAUUAACAAAUCGUGUGUAUCUGAGUUAGUUCAGUUUAAGAAACUCGUUGAGCGCACUAAUUACAUAAAACAGCUCAAGGCGCUGGGGAGUGUCUGAAAGUCAUUUGAAAGAGGCGUGAAUAAAGACAUUUAUAGCAAA